CAGCUCUUCUUUGCCUUCCCGGUCCCACCCUUACCCCUUCUCUUUCAUCUCUACUCCCUCGCAAGUCGCAACCCAGCCCUGCCUUCGUGUCGAAGAAAAAGCCUCUCUCUCUCUCUCUCUCGGUGCACGAAUCCUUAGCCAUGCAAGAAACUGAGCUGCACGAUUUGUCCGACGACGCGGAUUACGCUGCGUCACAGCUACAAGCGUCGGCAAGCAUGAUGCGAAGCGAUGGUAUCAAGCGGAGUUCGUCGAGCGAACCGGACGGUGCGGAAAUCGUUUAUCUGAAGGAUAAUGUGACCAUUCAUCCGACGCAGUUCGCUUCCGAGAGGAUCAGUGGGCGAUUGAAGUUGAUCAAGCAAGCUUCUUCUCUCUUUAUGACGUGGAUUCCAUACAAGGGGCAAAGCACGAAUGCGAAGCUGUCUGAGAAAGAUAGGAAUCUUUAUACCAUAAGGGCGGUGCCUUUUACGGAGGUGCGGUCCAUUCGCCGGCACACCCCAGCGCUUGGGUGGCAGUACAUUAUCAUUGUUUUGUCUUCAGGACUUGCUUUUCCUCCUCUGUACUUCUACAAUGGAGGAGUUAAAGAGUUCCUUGGUACAAUAAAGCAACAUGUUUUUCUUGUGAGGUCUGCUGAAGAUGCAAAUGUAUUUCUUGUGAAUGAUUUUGGAAAUCCUCUCCAGAGAACUUUGUCUUCUUUGGAGCUGCCUAUGGCUGUUUCUGUUGCUAGUGAGCCAUCUACAUCCAUUUCAGUUGGCGAGUCCCCUUUAAAUGAAAACCAGGAGAGAACUGAUGUGGUAUUUGGCAAUUCCAGUGCUUCUCUGUACAAUGGGAAGCAAAGGCAAAAGGUUCAUGAUCCUACUCGAGAUCUCUCAAUUCAAGUCUUGGAAAAGUUCUCUCUUGUGACCAAAUUUGCCCGAGAAACAACUUCACAACUGUUCCGUGAAAAUCACGGUAAUGAAUAUGGUGCAAUUGAAAGGAGAAACCAUAACCAGUCUCCCCUUGAUAAUUCGCAGAAAGCAUCCAAUGUUACAGAAAAAAUUCCUGAUGGAAGCCCUGUAGCCUCAGAUCCUUUGGAGAAUAUUUCUUAUAUGAAACACAAUCAUGUCGAAGAAGCUGCUACCAAUUUGGGAACUUUUGAGCUAAUCGAUUGUAAGGAGGUUGAUAAAUUGACACUAGUAUGGGGAAAACCACGGCAGCCACCUUUGGGCUUUGAAGAGUGGUUCACCUUCUUGGAUUCUGAAGGAAAAGUCCUGGAUUCAAAAGCUUUGAGAAAGAGAAUAUUUUAUGGGGGAGUCGAGCAUGGAUUACGGAAAGAGGCAUGGGCAUUUUUGCUGGGAUACCAUUCCUAUGAUUCAACAUAUGCAGAGAGGACAUAUCUUAGGUCCAUUAAAAAGUCGGAGUAUGAGACCAUAAAGUUCCAGUGGCAGAGUAUCUCCCCGGAACAGGCAAAAAGAUUCACAAAAUUCAGGGAGAGAAAAGGCCUUAUUGAGAAAGAUGUGGUAAGGACUGACAGAUCGCUCUCCUUCUAUGAUGGGGAUGAUAAUGCAAAUGUGAAUCUAUUACGUGAUAUUCUACUAACAUACUCAUUCUACAACUUCGAUCUUGGUUAUUGUCAGGGUAUGAGCGAUCUUCUGUCCCCAAUAUUGUUUAUAAUGGAGGAUGAGUCGGAAUCAUUUUGGUGUUUUGUUGCAUUGAUGGAACGCCUUGGACCCAAUUUCAAUCGCGACCAAAAUGGCAUGCAUUCUCAACUUUUUGCAAUAUCCAAGUUGGUGGAGUUGUUAGACAGCCCAUUGCAUAACUAUUUUAAGCAGCACGACUGCCUGAAUUACUUCUUUUGUUUUCGCUGGAUUCUAAUACAAUUCAAAAGGGAAUUUGAAUACGAGAAAACAAUGCGUUUAUGGGAGGUAUUAUGGACGCAUUAUUUGUCAGAGCACCUCCACCUGUAUGUAUGUGUUGCUAUCUUGAAGCGGUACCGAAAUAAGAUAAUGGGGGAGCAGAUGGACUUCGACACACUCUUGAAGUUUAUUAAUGAGUUGAGUGGUCACAUUGACCUCGAUCCAAUCCUCAGGGAUGCAGAGGCUUUGUGCAUAUGUGCUGGUGAGAAUGGUGCCACUUGCAUUCCUCCUGGAACCCCACCCUCAUUGCCUGUCGACGACGGUUCAUUCUACACGCAACAAGAUGACGACGUAUUGUAAAUUCUGGUCUCAAUUCUGGGGAUGAUAUAUCAACUACUUCAUAUUGUCAAUUCUGUAAAAACACAUAUACUGUAAUUCUUGUUUCUUUUUAGUCGACAAUGUUAGUGGAGCAAAAAUUUUCAAAUGA